UCCGGUUCCCUUUACUAGUUUUUAAUACAUUGAUUUUGCUGUAAGCUUGGAAUGAGUUAACGGCACAGACACUAUGAGAAGCAUAGUUUACCUAUUAUAUAUAUUGUAACCAGAAAUUACGCUGGUUUAACUGAACCUAACAUCAAAUUGUUUCACCAGUGCCGAGCGGAUCAUUCUGUCACCUUUAAUGGAGCAACAUACCAAAGCGAGCUAAAUACACUUGCUAUUUGUGGCGCUCCAGCCACUUCGAACUGGCAACCAGUCGUCUUCGUUUUAAGUCUUCUAUGCCGGCUAAUAUGGCACACAGGAAAGAAGUCUUCCAGUCGAAGGUACUCCAGAAGCUUUACCCUGCAACCCCUGAAUUGGAAAAGGAACCAAGCUCACCGUGUCUAGUGGAUGCUUUAGCCAAUAAUAAAUAUAAGAAAAGAAAAGCUUCUCACACUCACAGUAAUGCUGAAAUGACACACAGUGCAAUGAAAAGCAGGCGCAUGUACACUGCCCUGCCCCCACCUGCAGACUACAAUGCUGAUUCUGGGACAUCUGUCACCCUUCCCCAGCCUGAAAACAUAAAUAGCGUGGAGGCUCCAUCUGAACACAACUUACAAGAGUUUGGUGAAGAGCUGGAACAAGAUUUAGGAACAGAUGAACCGAAAAGAAGAAGGAAAAAAAGAAAAAAGAGACAGAAUCUUGAGGGAGACUUGAGGAAUGAUGGAAUGGCUCCAAAUAAAGACAUUGGUCAAAAUGGGAUGCCAGCUGAUGAGGAAGCGGUGCGUGUUAGCCGGAACAAGAGGAGGAAACUGAAGAAGAAACGGCACAAAGAGAAGCUGCUCUCAAUGGGCUUGAUGCCUCGGGCGUCUGCCCUGGAGUUUACAUACCAGAAACAACAAGAGGAGAAGGACGAGGAGAAUGAUGAUGUGACGAGAGUGGCAGGUGGCAGAUUUUCUCCGGACCAUGAUGAAAAUCUAGAACCUUCCUCAGUUGUCCAGGUGUCGCAGGGUCCUUUGAGCAGCAUCACCAGUGGAAGUAGGCACACCUUCCUCCUGAAGCAGGCCCACACCAUCCUUAUUCAACACAAGGAGAGCGACAGACUAGAAACGGCACUGCAGUACCUCUGCAACAGCACUCCUGAUGAAAGCACUUUGGUUGCAACGUUGUUCCAGUACUGUAUAACAGACAUUCUUCCCAUGAAGAGAAGAAAUGACUCCCACAGCUACUGACACUAUGUAAGGAUGAACUCUUGCCUUAUUUUCAUAUUGGAAAAUCUAUUCUGUCUGAAUUCUUUUGCAUCACACAACAAUAAAAUGAAACAUUCUGCUCAGUCCAAA